AGGGAGGCUAAAGAGAACAAUUGAUAAAAUGAGAGGUAAAUUGGGAGGAGUUGUCAUACAGCCAGGAAUCUGAACGAUAUCUUGGCUCAAAUACUUUCCUCAGGUGCUAAACUGGUUUACCCAGGAUUGCUACUGCUUUCACUGAUACAAAUUCAAAACAGAAACAUAUGAGAUAUGACACAUAAUUGAAAACACAGGUUGAAUGUGAUUUCUACAUGACACUAAAAUGACAGAGGAUAUGUUAUGCUGUUGGGGGCUGCUGAGUAAUACCAGCCUCGGGUCUAUAAAGCAGAGUUUAAGUAAGUAAAAUCCUAACUGAAAUAUUGGCUGGUGGAUGUUUUAUGGCUGGAUUAAAUAAAUAUUUUAAUUCCCUAUGGUAUAUCCAAUCAAAUUAGACAGAUUUGUCAUUUUUCCUCUUAUGUUAUAUUGCUUUCUUAAAGCAGUCAUUGUUAGGGUUAAAAUACCAGCAUUGUCCUCUAUAUCAUAUCAAUUGCUAAUACCAUGAAAGGUAAAUUUAGCCUUUCCCAUAAUGUCUUUCCAAAGUACAUUCCAGCGGACAGCUGUGUAAAUGACAAAACACUUGCUUAAAUUCCCACACAUUUCGAUUCCACAACUGCAGUCAAGCCUUGUACAAUGACUUAAUGAGUCUCCUGUCUCUCUUCAUAUUAUCCUGUCGCUCUUGAAAAAUAGAUUUUUAAUCAGUGAGAUUAACCUGGUUAAAUAAUAAUAAUAAUUUUUUUAACAUGUAACCGUUAUUGAAAUGUGAUUCAAUGCACCUUUAUCACUAUACACAGAUCUAUAAGUGUGCAGUCUACUGUGCACAGUGUAUCUCGCCCUAUCUAAUCAUCCAAAGCCUGCCCCUCAAGGCCAUGAAUCUAUAUAAAUCAGUUGCGUUCCAGAUCAGUGAUACUCUUCAUCACCAAAAUGAGGUCUUCUCACACUCUGCUGCUGUUAGCCUUCUGUCUGCCAGUCUUGCUGGCGGUGCAUGAACCCACUCCCUGGGCACUCUGGCAGUUCAGAGGGAUGAUCGUCUGUGUCAACCCUGACAGCUGGCCUGUGCUGGACUACGCUGACUACGGCUGCUACUGUGGGAAGGGCGGCUCAGGCACACCUGUGGAUGAUCUGGACAGAUGCUGUCAGGUUCAUGACCAGUGCUACUCUGAUGCCAUGCAGCACGAGGAUUGCUGGGCCAUCUUUGACAACCCUUACACGGAAAUAUACAGCUACCAGUGUGACAGAGCCUCUAAGACUGUCACCUGCAAAGAAAACAACAAUCCAUGUGAGAUGUUUAUCUGCGAGUGUGACAGAAAGGCAGCCAUGUGCUUUGACAAGGCGGGGUACAACCCAGAGCAUGAGCACCUUCCCAGUGAGCACUGCUAGUAUGGAAAUGCACUGGAAACCAGGACAUAACCUGCAGUGGCCCAACUUCUCUUGAAAUCAAUCCCAGCUGUUAUGAUCCUAUAUGUGCCUCUGUGUUGGUUAUUGCUAUUCAUAGACACCCACAGAUAGAGUUGAUGCUGAACUGGAAAAAUAUCUGAUGAAAAGACCUCCAAGGAAGCUAUUAAAUUCUGACAUACCAAGCUUUAAUUAAACAUUAUUCUAUGAAUAAUCUAAUGUUAUGCACUGUGUGCUUCUUAUGCUCAAUACCAUAAUUUGUGAUUGUUGUAUACAGUCACUGCAAGAAAUCCAUCCUUUCUCCUGUAUCCUAAUGUCAUGUUAUAUCAGUGAGGCAGCACUGGCAUAGUUUACAGCUCAUGUGUCAAUGGCAAACAUGGGUCUACUGUUUCUCAUUUCCCCUUUGCCUCACAGAUGUAAGUGAACGUUAGGUUGCAGUCUGCAUCAUUCCAAAGCUUGCGUCGUCUGGGUGGACCUUUAUGAAGCUGUCCACAGUCCUCUCCAUUCACACAAACGUCCCAGUCGUCUGGGUGCCCUUUAUCCCAGAAG